AUGGAUUUUAGCAAUACCCCGGGUUAUCGCGGGGGGCUGGAGAUCGGUCUGAAUGCAUGGCUCAUCGGCUUCUCGUCCUUGUUCUACGGUCUUCGGCUCUACAUACGGGUAUUCAUAACCAAGUCCCCUGGGCUCGAUGAUGGGAUUGCAGGUAUCGCAUAUUUGUUGCUUAUGGCGCUAUCUGUGAUGGAUAUACGUGCUGUAUCACUCGGUAGCGGAACUCACGAAGCCUAUGUACCAGAAGACAUCAAAGCUAGAUUCUUCCAGUGGUUAGGGAUCCAAACAGUUAUCUAUUACUGGGCGAUAGGCCUGGUAAGGUUUGCCAUCCUUGCUUUCCUGCCUCGACUUACGCAAGACCGAAGUAUCAGGUUGGUGUCGUGGUCCGUUGCGGUGCUUCUCUUGACCCAUACGAUCAUCGCUUUCACUUUAAAACUUACCCAGUGUACACCGAUCGCAGACAGCUUCAAACCUCCCCUCGAGGGCCGGCAUUGCGCGCCAGUCGCGAGGUACAAUGACAUGAUGCUGGGCCACGGCAUCGGGGGCAUUGUCCUCGACGCAAUUCUGCUGCUGCUGCCCAUCUGGGUGAUCUGCCGGAAGAUGAUGUGGUCGAAGAAGACGCUCCAGAUCGUGCUGGUCCUAAGCGUUGGGGUCUUUGCGAUGGCCACCAGCAUAGUUCGCGUAGUGCUGAUGGCCUCUCCGGAGGACUUUAGCGACAUGACAUACGCAAUGCCGUCCCUAGGAAUCUGGACGAACCUCGAGGGCCACGUGGGCCUCUGGUGCAGCUGCUUCCCCGCGCUGCAGCCGCUUCUGCGCGUGGUGCCGUAUAAGCUCCGGCAAAUGACCUUGGGAACUAGCGGCGGCACCCGGGCAACGGUGUAUACCCACGACAAGCUGGGCAGCAGACAGGAUGGGACGAGGGGCGUGUAUAAGGAAAGGAUAGGGAGUUCGGCGGGUAUGGAUAAUGAAAGCCAGCGCGCGAUUGUUUCGCUGGAGAUGGGGAAGAUGGAUGCGGAGAUUGUUCACGCGCCUCAUGCGUGA